ACUACCACCGCGUAACCUCAACGUCUCUACACACAUCACCGCAACACCAAUCUAUUCACAAUGGGAGAGUUCAAAUCCAAGGCAUUGUUCGAGCAGAUCAAGGGCGGUCUCUCUGAGAUGAGCGAGAAGGAGAAGAAGGACAUCAUGAAGAAGACCAACGGUGUCUUCGAGAUGCACAUCAAGCAGGGCGGCGAGGAGCUUGUCUACACCAUUGACCUCAAGAAGGGCGGCGAGGCCUACGAGGGCAAGUCAAAGGGCAAGGCCGAUGUCACCAUCAACACGUCGGACGAGACCUUCAUGCAGAUGGCCGACGGUCAGCUCAACGGCCAGAAGGCCUUCAUGAGCGGCAAGCUCAAGGUCAAGGGUAACAUCAUGCUCGCUACCAAGCUCGACGGUGUGCUCAAGGCCCAGAAGGCUAAGCUCUAAGCGCUGGAAAGGAACGAUUGUCUCUUCCUGUGCUUGGAACGCUCCAUCUGAUUGAUAUGAUACACCUUGACACGAGAUGCCAUCGUCGAACAGCUGAGCAGUGUGGAUGGAGCUAUGAGAGCUGUCAGAAACGUAGAGGAGACGAUCAGGCGGCGAGCCCGAUUGGUGGGCAAUGGGCACGAAUAGGACGCGAUGAGUGGCUUUGCUACGACGUCAGAGAGCUUCCGCAGAAGAGCAACCACAGUCAACGACCAACUGCAAAGGCAGCGAUAUCUGCCGCCAAGUGAGAAAGCGCAAACACGCACGCCGAGGCUGGGUUGCUUGCCGUGCAACGGAGCGAUGGAGAGAAGGCCCGCACUGAGAUCCGCAUGCUAGCCUAUGAGCCUGCCUGCUCAACCUUCCACUGAGCCAGUCAUCCUGUCAUGCCAUCCCGUUAUCUUG